AUGUAAUAAAGUAAGUUCAGAACAGUGUCACCAAUGUAAUGCUAAUAUAUUUCAACUCCUUCAAAUUGUUCUAUUGGCGGGGCUUUCAAAAGAAGUAAAAACUUAAAAACUCAAUCACCUCAUUCUUCAAAAAAUAAGGAGAGCUUUGCCAAUUUACCUUAAGGUGAAACUGAUAAAAAUAGAUGUAAAGAAAUUGGAAUUGAAGUAGCAAAAUUUUUAUAAUAAAUCAAUAAAAAUGAAAGCAACUUUCCUUCAAUGUAUUCCUCUAUUGUUGGAAUUGAUAACAAAAUUUAUGAUGAUAGUUAAGUAGAAUCAUAAUUCAAAUUAUAGUAAUAGAAUUAAUCCUUGUAAAAAUAAUAGGAUAUUAAACAAUAAGAAAUUGAACAAUGGAAAUUAAAAUAUGAAUUAACAGCUAAGUAAUUAAAUGAGAUGAGAAGUAAAUAUGAAGAAGAUAUAAAUAUAUUAAGUUAGGAAAUUCAAGCAGUUAAUAAUCGAAUUACGUCAUGUGAAUAAUAAAGAAACUAUAGUUUUUUUGAGUAGAAACCUACAGGUGAUAAUUUGACUAAUUUGAGUAUUUAGACAUUUUAAAGAUCAUUAAAUGAGAAUGAAGAUUAGAUUGAAUAAAAUAAACUAUUAGAUGAAAUUUCAGAAAAAAAUUCGAUCAUCAAAAAUUUGACUUUUGCAUUAGAAAAAACAAAAAUGGAAGUCUCUGAAGCUUAAAUUAGAUCUAAUGGAGAAAUAGAACAAUUAAAAAAUAAAAUUAGUUAGAUUUAGUUAGAAAAUCAAAGUUAAAUUUAAUAAUAAAAGAUGAAAAUGGAGUUUUAUUAAGAUUCACAAAUUUCAAAUAUCAAAAUAGCCUAUAAUAAUUAGAUAGAAAUUUUAAAAGAAGAAAUCACUUAAUUAAAAUGUUUGAUUGAAAUUAAAAAUCAAUAGAUAUAGACUAUAAAUACUGAAAAUGAAAGAUUAAGAAACUUAAUUGAUCAAAAUAAUAUUUUACUUAAAUAAGAAAAUGAUACUUUGAAGCUGCAACAAAUAAAAAAAGAUUAAUAACAUUUGGAAGAUGUCAAUUAAAUCAAGAAUGAUAAUUAUUCUAUAUAAAAAAAUGAGAUAGAUUUGAUUAAAUAAAAUUCCUAACAAUAAAUAUCUAUUUUAGAGAGUGAAAUAAAAAAUUUAAAGGAAUUUCUAUCAACUAAUAAUUCUGAAUAAUAGUAAUUAAUAUUGGAUAGAUUAAUAUAGGGAGAAUAAUACGAAUUAGAAAAUUAAAAAUUGAAAAACAUAAUUGAAGAUCAAAAAUAAAGUUUUUUAUGCUAAAAAUAAAAAUUAGAAAAGGAAUAAAUGAAGUAAAUCUAAGAAAUUUAAUUUAAAUGCCAAAUUUUACUUGAAGAGACAAAUUAGAAGAUGGAUUAAAUAAACAGUGAGAAUUUAUUUUUAAAAAAUUAAAUUAUACAAAAAGAUAAUGAGAUUAAUACUUUUGAGAAUAUAUACAAUAAGUUAAAUAAUUAUGAAGAAAAUCUCUUAAAAUUAGAGGAAGAAAAUUCUCAUAUUUUGCUUCAUUAUGAAUAAUAAGAUAGAUAAAAAUACAAAGAAAAGGAAUAAUAAAUAUAUUAAUUAUAAAGAAAUUUUGAAAGUUAAUUGAAAUAAUAUGAUUUUUAGUUACAAAAUCUAAUUAAUGAAAAAUUACAAUAUAUGCAAAUCUUAGAGAUAAAAAAUUAGGAAUGUAUUGAUUUAACUUUGGAAGUGAAAAACUUACAAUUGUAGCAAUAGAAUAUAAGAAUUGAUAAUGAAUUAUUAUACAGUAAACUAAUAUCAUUAUGUAACACAUACGAGUCUAAUAGAAUAUUGAAUGAUCCAUCCAAUAAUUCAAUAUAAUUUAAAAGAAUGUCAGAAUAGAUAACUUUAUUGCAGAAUGAAUUAAUGAUUAAGAACAAAGAAUUAACUAAUAUCAUAGAUAAGUAUUAAUAAAUAGAGUAGAUGGUAUGCAAAGGUCAGAUAAAACAAAAUGAUUAAAAUUUAAAUGAUUUAAUAAGAAAAUAAAAAAGAUAAAGUAGUCAAGUAUUGAACUUAUGA